AUGACUCCAACGGGUACCGUCACUGGUUCAGCGGCAAGCGUCACGCCCUCUGGCGCACAAUCAAACUACACCAUCAGCUUCGUCUCUACGAACCCUACCGCCAUGCCCUUGACGGACAUUGUCGCCAGCCCAAGCUCGACGGACACCACGUAUCCCGUCUUUACGGCUUUUGCGGCGGGUGCGACGCCGCCUAUCAGCGGGGCGCCGCCUCUUCCCACAGAUAACAUCAACCCCCAGCUCUUCCCCGCGCUGGACCACGUUCCCCCCACCAAUACGACCCAAGUUGCACAAUGGAUGCAAGAGCUCGACGGAUACUAUAUCCCCAAUUUCUCGCCAACUGUCCCAGGGGGGUGUGCUACCAACCCAGGCUUGGUAGGGAACGAGUCGCUCUGCUGGUGGACAUGUGGACAUUGUACAAGGGAGACGGACAUCACUUCCUGCCCGGAUAAGAUGACUUGGGGCCUGAGCUACGACGACGGGCCCUCUCCUUGGACUCCAGCGCUGCUCAACCACAUGCACCAGGAGAACCUAAAGUCUACGUUCUUCAUCGUCGGGUCGCGCGCGAUCUCCAGGCCCCAGAUCCUGCAAGACGAGUAUAUGCUCGGGCACCAGCUUUGCGUGCAUACUUGGAGUCAUCCGUAUCUAACCACGUUGACGACGGAGCAGGUGGUGGCAGAGCUCGGCUGGACGCGCGAAGCGAUCAGGCAGAUCACGGGUGUUUCCCCCAACUGUAUGCGCCCGCCCUACGGCGACUUGGACGACCGUGUACGCGCUAUCUCCCUAGCAAUGGGGAUGACGCCCAUAAUCUGGACAUCGACGUCUAACGUCACAUUUGACACGAACGACUGGCAUAUCCCCGCGGGGACGGUCACUGUCCAGCUUGUACUGGAGACGUUUGACGAGAUCAUGAACCAGUAUGCGCCGAAUUUGGACACGGGGUUCAUCGUACUCGAACAUGAUCUGUGGCCGCAGACAGUGGAUAUCGCGGUCGGAUACGUCCUGCCCAACGCUUUGGCACAAAAGAAAUACCAGAUGAUGCCCAUCAUCUCCUGCCUCGGGCGACCACUAGAAGACGCCUACGUAGAGACGAACAAUAAUGGGACCAACCCCCCCGCCGAGGCUGGGCUCACGACGUUGCCUGCAGGGUGGACGAGCACGCUUACGGCUGAGGGGGAGGUGCCGACGGGCAGUUUGCCCGGUAAGGGGGCCCAAGUAUCGGGCGCUGGGAGAAGGGCGUCUGGUGUGGGAGGAUUAAUGGUGUGGGAAUAA